AAAACGUUGCGGACUAGCGAUCUAGGCUUAAAAGACCCCCCCCCCUCACCCUAGUUUUUUUUUUGUGCGCCAGGUGGCCCGCCCGAGCAACAAUUUUAGGGAUCGCGUUCAAUGACAACGGCGCGUCCGCUACUCGGAACUACGGAAUAGCCCCCUCGAGAAGACGCGUAGUCGGGAGCGCACGCCGCGUUGCCCACGACCCCUCCGGAUUAUUCACAAUAGAAAUCUACGCAGUCCAGACCGCGCGAGAAGAAGAGCGGGCGGCGGAUCGAGAGACAACACUGGAAUGAAGUGGACCCCGGGAUGCCAGGCGUGCUGCGGAGUUGAGACUGACGGGUGAGCGCGGUCAUAUGUAGGCGAUACCCACCAGCGGACAGGUACAAGGCUGCACGGUCACGCAUCAGACGGGGAGGCUCGACAAAAGACACGGCUGCACUUGUUCGGCGACCGCACAGAUUGUAUGUCUAGUCUUAUUACCGGUUAGAGCUAUCCCGUUUAAAAUGACUUUAUAUAUAUAUAUAUAUAUAUUUUCCCCGUUGUUUUGUUUUCGUGUGUGCGGUGGCAUUUGAAGAGUGAGAAGGUCGAGAAGGAGGGAGCGAUCUCAGCCACAGGUCAACCAGGACGCCGCGUGGCUUGCCUGCAAGGGAGAGAGAGGGGUCUCUCUCGGUAACCUUUUUUUUUGUGGGUUUAACCCCCUCGCAUCGUGCGGACAGUUCAGUCAAGGACGCGGAGUCUGGGGCAGAAUUUUUCCUUAAGUUGGACAGAGGGUCAUGUAUCUGAUAUCGACCUCACAUGCUCCCGACUGAUCGAACCUCACCUUCCACCGGGCGAACCGAAGAGAGAGGCUGCCGCCGUCCGACCCUCUGAGUUUUUACCCGCUCACCGUUUCCACUGUCGAGAAUGGCGGGGCUCGGUUGUUGGAAGUAUUACCUUUGGAUCUUUAUCAUAAUGUGCAGGUCGGCGCUACCUUUAGCCAAAUCGCUGGAGACUAUCAUUUGGAGCUCACAAAACCCCAAGUUCCUGGCCGGGAAGGGCCUGGUGAUCUACCCAAACAUUGGGGACAAGCUGGACAUCAUCUGUCCCAAGGCAGACCCAGGCAGGGAGUACGAGUUCUACAAGCUGUACCUGGUGAAGAGGGAGCAGGCGGAGAGCUGCAGCACGGUCCUGGACCCCAAUGUACUGGUCAACUGCAACAAACCUGAGAAGGACAUCAAGUUCACCAUCAAGUUCCAGGAGUUCAGCCCGAACUACAUGGGUCUGGAGUUCAACAGGAACAACAACUACUACAUCACCUCCACCUCCAACGGUACAGUGGAGGGCCUGGAGAACCGAGAGGGAGGCGUGUGCAAGAGCCGAGCCAUGAAAGUCAUAAUGAAAGUCGGACAAGACCCCAACACGGUCGUUCCGGACCCCGUGGUGCCGGAGGCUCCGGAGGACAACGCCAUACCGGAACCUACCCCCGGUUCACCCGACCAGGGCCGGAUUGGACCCGUAAUUCCUGGGAACACUGACCACAUCAAUCAGGACCAGUCUGGUUCCAGCGGAGGUUCUGAUGGGUUCCUUAACUCCAAGGUGGCUGUGUUUUGUGCCAUUGGGGCCGGCUGCAUUAUCUUCCUCAUCCUCAUCCUCCUCCUCGUUAUCCUUCUCAUCAAGAUGCGCAAGCGUGCCAGGAAAAAUGCCCACUCGCAACCCCGCCCUUCCGCACUGUCACUCAGCACGCUGUCCAAUCCCAAGUUGCCUGGGGGCACAGCGGGCACGGAGCCGAGUGACAUCAUCAUUCCGCUGCGGACAGAGAACAACUACUGCCCUCACUAUGAGAAGGUGAGCGGGGACUACGGCCACCCCGUCUACAUCGUCCAGGAGAUGCCCCCCCAGAGCCCUGCCAACAUCUACUACAAAGUCUGACACGCUCAAAACUUCCAGUCCAACUGAGUCAGGAGAGGAGAGGAGCGCUUGAUUUAUGGAUCUUUGGGGAGAAUGUUUUCCUUUGCAUUUUGGGGACUUGGUGGUUCUUCAAGCCCCUUUUUUUUCUACCACCUGCUGCACAAAUCUGGAGAGAACAGGCACUGACCAGUAACUCGCGGGGUUGCGAACUGACUUGAGAGAGAGAGGCUUAUUCCGUUUGAUUGGAUUGUCUGACACCCCCCCUCCCACCCCUACCCCAAGCUCCGGCUGGAGGAGUGAGCCAACAGAUGGAACUCUAGUUUCCUGGUUUGCAGUCCCUCCCAAAGAGCAGGAUAUAGAUUUGUUUAGUCCCCUAAAAUGCAGUCUGUGUUAUACCCAAUUAAACACAUCGUCCCCACGCACUAGCCAGGAAUGGGCAGCCCGAGAGCCCAAACUCCACUCAGCCUGGUGUUUGCAUAUGUGUGUGUGUUGGUGCGUGUGUGUGUGUGUGUGCGUGCGUGCGUGCGUGCGUGUGUGUUAGUCAGGGCUCCAUGCUGGGCCGGGAAACUCUCCAGAUAGCUCAGGUAUCAGACACGAUGUGUGUGUUAAUGUGUGUGUUCCUCUCCCUUCACACCUCUGAUGUUUGCCUUACUUAAACUAUUUUUGAUGGAGGAAUUUCCUCAACCCUGGUUCAGUUCACAAAGCAGUUGUAUUUUGUUAGAUUUUACUACAAGUGCACAAUGUAUAGAGUUCAUUAAUGAUCACUCCAUCCUCUUGCCACCCAUCUCAUCUUCUCGCUCAUUUUGCCACGAGAGCACCCUCGCCUGGACUAUUGAUGUCGACGUGUGUAUGUGUGUGAGACUGUGUGUCCACGCGUGCAUUUGUCUGGGUGUUUUUUAGAACAUGUCACUUUUUCGCUGGUCCGAUACAAUUUUAACCAUUACCCUGGUAUUUAUGACCUACCAGUGUGUAGUCGAGGACAUGUCCUCAGUGUGCACGUCUGUAUGAAAGUGUGUGUAGGAGUGCAUGAGUGUGUGGGCAUGUUUAGGCCAGUCCCGUAUUUGGGCAGACUUUAACAGCUUAGGGGGAAGAACACUGAGUUACUGUAUUGUAGGCUGCAAUAAUAAGACAGACAGAUGGAUGCGCUGAAAGACAGACAUGCCUGAGAUUUACCCCUAACACAACUCUCCCGGUACUCCACUUGGCACCGACUGAAGGUUUUUAUUGUGUCUGAUUAGCUUAGGGGAGAUGGUUUUAAAGACAGCAGGCACGUCAAGAUUCGUUUGUUCCGUCUUCUGGUGGCGGUGGGCGCUACAAUGCAGGCAUCAAACAGCCACAGAAACCGUUUGGCGCCUGCUGCCUGAGCUAGGUGGGCGUAGGUUGGAUGGUUUACACUGAUUGGAUGGCCUACAUAGGUAGGAUGCCCUAUAUAAGUUGGAUGCGCAGCCGUGGCUGAACGUUGAGCUACGGGAUUGUCAGAUGCCAGUUGGCUGCCAUCUGUAGAUGACUCAGUGGAGCGCGCAGUCGGUGGCAGUGCCAACGUGUGACCAAUCUAGGUGCCAUCUCCUUGCCCACUCUCAAGCUGGGGAAGGAGGCUUUUCGGAGAAAGGCAGAGCAUGUUCCUGUGACUUGGCUCUAUCCUGAGAGGGAGAUGAAGAGCUGUGGGGAGUCGGGGGAGGGAGGGAGGGGGGGGGCUGGAAGUAGUUUAGCAUUCAUUUUUCCAUCCUCUUGCUAGUUGUGCCGUGAAUAAAAAUGCUGUGCAGAAUAUUCCACAGUCAAGGUGUUCAGCCUGCGAGGACACUGCGGCUCAGCUAUCGCACAGCCCAGGGCAGCGGCAUCGAGACAGGAUUUGCUGCAGCUGGAUGUGCAUGCUUGUGUACGUGGAAGCACAUGCAUUUUGCGGGUGUCGGAAUGGGCGCGCUGAACGAGUGUGCACGCGCAGGA